AGUAGAAAAUUUUUACAUUGAGAAAAAUGUGGUUUACAAUCCUAAUGAUGUUUUCAGCGCGGAUCAUCAUCUGCAGCAGUUCACUGGUCGAUACAGCAAUGAAUCGUUCGCCAAUCCACGCUCGAGUGGAGCUAGUUGAAAACAGAGAGGAGGUGCCAUUUUUGGUCAGAUUUCAAUCUGAAGAUGAUCCUUCAUAUAUCUACAAUGGGAUCCUAAUCUCACCGAAAGUAGCCUUGGCCCCCGGGAGCAUGAACGAGAUGCGAAGAAUUUCCGUGGUUCCACCGAAAACAAAGCGUACAUUUCGAGCAAUCCUCGGGGAUCUGGAUCAAAAUGUACAGGAGCCCGGAGAAGUAGAGUUCAGAGAGAUGACAUUCCUCGGAGAUGCGAUCCCGAAACGAGCAGCUGAUGACGGCGCCUUUCUGGUCGUGUUUCCGCAUCCGGUUCAGCUCACGGAACGCAUUCAACCCAUCCGGGUGGGUUACAACAGGGGCCCAAUGAUUGCCUCCGAUUUUUCUCUGCAACCCGUCACUCUCUAUGGAUGGAGCGCAGGUCAGUAAGAAGGCCU